AUUUCUAACGAGCUCCCAGGUGGAGCGGGCUGCCCGGAGCCCGGCAGUCAGUCCCCGGGACCCCCGGGGUCCUGGCUCCAGGCCAAUCAGCCGUCAGGACUGUUGACAAAUCGCCCCGCCGGGCUGAUGAGCAGAAGCGCCGCGACAUGCGCGCUCCCGCCGAAGGGGGGUAAUUUCCGAACUCCGGGAAACCGUCUUGUGAAGUAGGCCACUCCUAGGGACUCGCCCGGUAGCCGUCCCCACGCCAUGUCGCGGCGCAAGCAGGCCAAGCCCCAGCACCUCGAGCUGGCGGAGGCGGCCCCGCAGGUGGCGGGGGAGCCCGCAUCAGAGCUAGGUAACGAUGUCCCCAAAGCAACCAGCCUCUCUGCUGAAAGCAGCGACACUGAGAAGGUCUCUGUCAUUGCCCUUCCCUCAGAGACGAGGGAACAGACAGCCACCCUGGGAGAGAGGACAUUCAACUGUUGCUAUCCAGGUUGCCACUUCAAAACCGUUCAUGGCAUGAAAGAUUUGGACCGCCAUCUAAGAAUCCACACGGGAGACAAACCGCACAAGUGUGAGUUCUGUGACAAGUGCUUCAGCCGGAAGGACAACCUGACCAUGCACAUGCGGUGCCACACCAGUGUGAAGCCACACAAGUGUCACCUGUGUGACUACGCUGCCGUGGACAGCAGCAGCCUCAAGAAGCACCUGCGGAUCCACUCUGACGAGCGGCCAUACAAGUGCCAGCUCUGCCCCUACGCCAGCCGCAACUCCAGCCAGCUCACCGUCCACCUGCGAUCCCACACGGGGGACACCCCCUUCCAGUGCUGGCUCUGUAGCGCCAAGUUCAAAAUCAGCUCGGACUUGAAAAGGCACAUGAUCGUGCACUCGGGGGAGAAGCCUUUCAAGUGCGAGUUCUGCGACGUCCGCUGCACCAUGAAAGCCAACCUCAAGUCGCACAUCCGCAUCAAGCACACCUUCAAGUGUCUGCACUGUGCCUUCCAGGGCCGGGACCGGGCCGACCUCCUGGAGCACAGCCGGCUGCAUCAGGCCGACCACCCCGAGAAGUGUCCCGAGUGCAGCUACUCCUGCUCCAGCGCGGCCGCCCUGCGCGUGCACAGCAGGGUCCACUGCCAGGACCGUCCCUUCAAGUGCGACUUCUGCAGCUUCGACACAAAGCGGCCCAGCAGCCUGGCCAAGCACAUCGACAAGGUGCACAGGGACGAGGCCAAGACGGAGAACCGGGCCCCGCAGGGCAAGGAAGGGCCCAGAGAGAGCGGCUCUCAACACGUGGCCAAGAUAGUGACCCAGAGGGCCUUCCGCUGCGAGACCUGUGGUGCCUCCUUUGUCAGGGACGACUCUCUGAGGUGCCAUAAGAAGCAGCACAGUGACCAGAGUGAGAACAAGAACUCGGACUUGGUCACCUUCCCACCUGAAAGCAGCGCUUCCGGGCAGCUGGGCACCCUGGUCUCCGUGGGGCAGCUCGAGGCCUCCCUGGAGCCCAGCCAGGACCUCUAGCUCCGCCAGAGAGGAUCGUCAGCUCUUGGGGAUUCCAGACAAAUGCUGUUACCCGGCCCUCCAGGGCAAGGCCAUGGAGCCAGACUCAGGGCUGCUGCAACUUCAAAGCCUCCAGGGCCAUGGCUCAGAGGUGACAGUGGUGUGAGGACAAAGCGAUGCCAUGGAGAUACUUUCCACGUUGCCGUCUUCCCUCCAAGAAUUAUCUAAGCAAACUGACUUCGUGGCUCAAAGCUGGGGUCCACUGAGCACUACUCUAUCCCAUGUGUGUAGCUUCUUCGUGAUGGAUUCCAAUUUUAAAACUGAUCCAUCCCUGAUGGAAUUAAACCAGUUAGAUGACACAGAAAACUUAAAACUUCUCUCUAGUG